CAGAAUUGCGGCUUUUUUGCGUUCAGGCAUUUUGUGUUGUGUGUGUGGUGCAGUGUUUUUCUGUAACAAAACAAAUUUUAAUAAAAAAAACAUUAAAAAUUAACAACAAAAACAAUAACUUAAAUCACUAAUAAUUCAAAUAAACAAACAUCAAAAAUGCAUGACGUCGGUAGCUUUCAAAGAAUCGAAAAAAUUGGCGAGGGCACUUAUGGCAUUGUUUAUAAGGCGCGAGACACUAAAACUGGCAAGGAUGUUGCCCUCAAGAAAAUACGUUUGGAAAGUGAAACUGAGGGUGUGCCCUCUACUGCUAUAAGAGAAAUAUCCCUGUUAAAAGAUUUACAACAUGACAAUAUAGUGCAAUUAUUUGAUGUUGUAGUAGCCGAUUCCAGUCUUUAUAUGGUAUUUGAAUAUCUUAAUAUGGAUUUAAAAAAGUUAAUGGACAAAAAGAAGGAAGUAUUUACAUCGAAAUUAAUAAAGAGUUACAUGUUUCAAAUGUUUGAUGCCAUUGCUUUCUGUCAUACAAAUCGUAUUUUGCAUAGAGAUUUGAAACCACAAAAUUUACUAGUAGAUGCUGCGGGAAAUAUAAAGUUGGCUGAUUUCGGUUUGGCUAGAGCUUUCAACAUGCCCAUGAGAGCCUACACCCAUGAAGUUGUUACUUUAUGGUAUCGUGCUCCGGAAAUACUUUUGGGUACAAAAUUCUAUGCCACUGGCAUGGAUAUAUGGAGUUUGGGUUGUAUAUUUGCAGAAAUGAUAAUGCGACGAUCUUUAUUUCCCGGUGACAGUGAAAUUGAUCAAUUAUAUAGAAUAUUUCGAACUUUAGGUACACCAGAUGAAGAAACUUGGCCUGGUGUAUCACAAUUGCCAGAUUAUAAAGCAAAAUUUCCCAGAUGGGAAAAAUCUAAUGUACCAGAAAUUGUAGCUAAACAUGAUGGUUAUGAACUCUUUAAAGCCAUGAUGGUUUAUGAUCCCAAUGAAAGAAUAUCAGCUAAAAAUGCUAUGCUUCAUCCCUAUUUUGAUAAUUUAGAAAUUGUGGAUCAUGUUGACUUACCUAGAGAAACAUGACUAUAUUAAUGAUAUUUCUACAUUCUUCACCUCGCAUUUUCCCUAGUUGCAUUUAAAUAAAUUUAUUAGUUUUACAUACGUACAUACAUGAAUACUAAUUGUAAGUUGAGUUUAUACAAAAUAUUUAUUAACUUGUUAUAGUUAAUGCUUUUUUAAUGCUUUUACUUUUAAUACUUU